AUGGCCAUCUCCGCAGCAGACCCCGUCCCCGUGUCUCCCACGGACGCCAAGAAGCCGGCAGCCUCCACCGGGAAACUCAUGGCGAGACCGGUUCUCCAGCUCCGUGCUCCGACCUACAGACGCCCGAGUCUUGGCUCGGAGCUCAAGAGCCCCCUCAGCUCCAUCUCUCCCCUCAGUGUCUCAGACUUAAGAAGCCCCCUCAGCCCUCUCAGGCAGAUGCGUGUCGGGUUCUCCGACCUUGAAAUCGGUUCUCCCAUUGACCCCGUCGACCUGCAGCCUCCUGAACAGACGUUGAGGAGCCCUGUCAGCGCAACGAAAAGUCCCUUCAGUGCUUUCCAUAGCCCUUUGAGAAAUGCCAGCAUCGAUGCCGUCAUCGACGAUGUCGUUGAAGGAGAUGCCCCUACCAUCACAGAGACACUUCCCACACCUCCCCUCGAGCAGUCUUCUGAGCAAGUCGCUCACAAGAUUCUGGACGUUCUCCAAGCCUUCGGAAGACACAUCAUCCCCGAGGGCCAGGAGAACCACGAGUGGCUUGGACGCAAGAUGUUCCACGGUCGUGUUGAGGAGUACGUCAAGAAGGGAGAGUCAGUCAAGAUGAUCAUCCCUGCCUUCCCAUGGAAGAGCAUCAACCGCACCGACAAGGUGACGGGUGUUCUCCCUGAUCUAGGAGAGGACCUGGCCCUUGCAAGACUCAACGACCUCUGCGUGGAAAUUGGCAAGGUCUAUACCCAUGGUGCCGAGGUUCACAUUGCCACUGAUGGUUUGGUCUUCAACGACGUCGUCGGCAUCUCAGACGACGAGACCUGGGAGUACGGCGCCACUCUCAUGGACAUGGCAGCGCAAAAGGGCUACGACGGCAUCAAGCUCCUCCGCGUCAUGGACUUCCUCGGCCUCACCAACGAAAACGAGCCCCUCACCAAGGAAAAGUACAUGGAACUUGUCGACGAGAGCCGCAAGACCCUUGAGGCUCAAUUCGGCGACCCGGACAAGGACGUCCGCGCCCUCAUGGAGACGGACAACGACACGCUCAUGACCUACCGCGGCUUCAUCCGCUUCCUGGAGACGGAUCUUCGCAACAGUCCCGUUGCGGCCCACGCCACCUCGGGUCACAAGUACCGCAAGGUUGUCAAGGAGGUCGCCAUGAAGAUGAUGAUGCGCGCCGAGUCCUUCACCAAGAUCAUCCUCGCCACCUGCCCCGACCAUGUCCGCCUCUCCAUCCACCCCUCCAGCGGCGCCGUCAAGCUCUCCAUGCCGCUGCUGGUCGAGAAGCACAACCCCGACGGCUUCCCCCGUACCCCCUGGCACAGCUCCAUCGCCGUCUCCCUAGACGGCGGGUACCGUUCUCUGCACGCCAAGGACGUCCGCGACACGCACGACUUGGUCAUGAGAGACGGCCGUCCUUGGUGCUUCCGUGAGAAGUCUGAGCUCUUUGAGCUCGGCGAGGAUGUCGAGAUUGAGCACCUUUACCCCACUGGGAUCGAGGUGCGCCCUCGCGAGGAGAAGAAUGGUGAGGUCAAGCUCAACGAAGCAGCCCGCGAGAAGCUGGUGAAGCUUGCUCAGCUUCAGCCUGUAACCGUUGUCGGCUUUGAGAAUGCGCCCGAGUUUGUCCUCGCGGGCCAGGAGUAG